GGACUUGUCUGUCAGGCUGCAGCACUCCUGCACAUGGGGCUGACUGCCUGUGGGAACGCAGGGCCCAGCCUGGGGAGCUGCCAUUCGGGGCUAACUUGACUCUCAUUCGUACAAGAGCCCAGCCUGCUGAUUUGUAGCAAGGUAUGACGGAGGAGAGCCAGUAAUGUCCAUAUCUCCAGCUGCCAGGGAGUGGGGCAAAUUUGCCGGUGACUUUGUCUUUGGCCAGCCACAGCCUUGUAAUGUUUUAUCUACAAUUUUGGCUUAUUAUGAAGAUAUCACUAGCCUCAAAUCCUUCUUGAAACUGAGGAAUAUUUUUACACCUUCUCAAAAAAUCUUGCACCAACGACUAACCUAUGGCAAUGAAAACUCUUGGACUUACACAUUCUUCUCAGAUGAGACCUUCUCAAGAGGAAGAAACAAGAAAGUCAGCUGUGUGGAAGACAAUGGCUCAUACACUUUUGCUGUACUGCUUGGUGUUUCUUUUGCCCACAGAGUCAUGUAGGACGUUGUACCAGGCUGCCAGCAAAAGCAAGGAGAAGGUGCCUGCCAGGCCAUACGGUGUAUGCGAUGGUGUCUGUACAGACAACUCCCAGUGUACUCAACCUUGCCCUCCAGACACUCAGGGAAAUAUGCGGUUUUCAUGCAGGAAAAAGACAUGGCACAAGAUCACUGACACCUGUCGGACUCUUAAUGCCGUCAACAUCUUUGAGGAGGAUUCACAUUUGGUUCAGCCAUUUGAAGACAAUAUAAAAAUAAGUGUAUAUACUGGAAAGUCUGAGACCAUAUCAGAUAUGUUGCUACAAAAGUGUCCCACAGAUUUGUCUUGUGUAAUUAGAGGCAUUCAGCAGUCACCCCGGAUACCAGGAAACAUUGCCAUAAUUGUGCAGCUCUUACACAACAUAUCAACAGCAUUAUGGACAGGUGUUGAUGAGGAAAAGAUGCGGAGUUACAGCACCAUAGCCAACCACAUUCUUAAUAGCAAAAGCAUCUCCAAUUGGACUUUCAUUCCUGACAGAAACAGCAGCUAUAUCCUACUAGACUCAGUCAACUCCUUUGCAAGAAGGCUAUUCAUAGAUAAAUAUCCCGUUGACAUACCAGAUGUCUUCAUUCAUACUAUGGGCACCACCAUAUCUGGAGAUAACAUUGGAAAAAAUUUCACUUUUUCGAUGAGAGUUAAUGAUACCAGCAAUGAAGUCACUGGGAGAGUGUUGAUCAGCAGAGAUGAACUUUGGAAGGUGCCUUCCCCUUCUCAGGUCAUCAGCAUUGCAUUUCCAACUAUUGGGGCUAUUUUGGAAGCCAAUCUUUUGGAAAAUGUUACUAUAAAUGGGCUUGUCCUGUCUGUCAUUUUGCCCAAGGAACUUAAAAGAAUCUCACUAACUUUUGAAAAGAUCAGCAAGUCAGAGGAGAGGAGGACACAGUGUGUUGGCUGGCACUCUGUGGAGAACAGAUGGGACCAGCAGGCCUGCAAAAUGAUUCAAGAAAACUCCCAGCAAGCUGUUUGCAAAUGUAGGCCAAGCAAGUUGUUUACCUCUUUCUCAAUUCUUAUGUCACCUCACAUCUUAGAGAGUCUGAUCCUGACUUAUAUCACAUAUGUAGGCCUGGGCAUUUCUAUUUGCAGCCUGAUCCUUUGCUUGUCCAUUGAGGUCCUAGUCUGGAGCCAAGUGACAAAGACAGAGAUCACCUAUUUACGCCAUGUGUGCAUUGUUAACAUUGCAGCCACUUUGCUGAUGGCUGAUGUGUGGUUCAUUGUAGCUUCCUUUCUUAGUGGUCCAAUAACAUACCACAAGGGAUGUGUGGCAGCCACAUUUUUUGUUCAUCUCUUUUACCUUUCUGUAUUUUUCUGGAUGUUUGCCAAGGCACUCCUUAUCCUCUAUGGAAUCAUGAUUGUUUUCCAUACCUUGCCCAAGUCGGUUCUGGUGGCAUCUCUGUUUUCAGUGGGCUAUGGAUGCCCUUUGGUCAUUGCUGCCAUCACGGUUGCUGCCACUGAACCUGGCAAAGGCUACCUACGACCUGAGGCCUGCUGGCUCAACUGGGAUAUGACGAGAGCCCUCCUGGCCUUCGUGGUCCCAGCUUUGGCCAUCGUGGUAGUAAACCUGAUCACAGUCACACUGGUGAUUGUCAAGACCCAGCGACCUGCCAUCAGCAAUUCCAUGUUCCAGGAAGUGAGAGCCAUUGUGAGAAUCAGCAAGAACAUUGCCAUCCUCACACCACUUCUGGGACUGACCUGGGGAUUUGGAGUAGCCACCGUCAUCAAUGACAGAUCCCUGGCCUUCCACAUUAUCUUCUCCCUGCUCAAUGCAUUCCAGGGCUGCUUCAUCCUAGUGUUUGGAACCAUCCUGGAUCCAAAGAUAAGAGAAGCCUUAAAGGGUCGAGUAACCUCUGCAAAAAAGAGCUCCACAAUAUCAGAGAAGGCUUCUUCUGAAUUAUCUUGUCAUCCCAUCAACGGCCCAAGUUAAGAAACCAGGCUACAUUCCUAACCUGGGAGGUUGUAUAUUCCAGGAAUGGCAGAGCCCAAAGGAGAAAUGUGCUCAUUCCUGUCUUCUUGCCUCUGGAGAAUAUGUAGGAAGCUCACACAUGUGGUGCUGAUGGAGGAGGGUGUGAUGUGCAGAAAGGAUGAAAGCCUCCUCUGUCUAAGCUGUUCUGUGCUACUAAAUGCUUCUCAUCCAUCAACUGUACAUAGCUACAUAUAUGUCAUGCUGAGCAGCCACAGCAAACAAAAAGACAAAGGGGGUCACGACCGUGGUUUUUGUUGGGGCUUUUCCACCUCUUUGCUGUUGGGUCACAUUUGUCUUCGGAAAGCAAGCUCUGUCUCAUCUUGGGAAAGGCGGCCUGGGAUUUCACCUGGCUGGAUUCUGUGUGUUGCUGAGGGAGGAGCCUCAUGAAUAGUCACAAAGAGUUGGGCUGAUUCUAACUAGGUCAUUGCUGAUUUUUUUUUUUUUUUUUU